AUGGGCCCAACUCAGUUCGCAGUUCUCUCGAAUGUGAUACUGGUCUGUGAACCAGAUAAAUGUCCCAUUGCGAGCGGGAUUGACCUGCAUGAUGCACGGGGUUUCAUCUUCUGUCAACUGUGGGCACUGGGUCACGCUGCAGACCCGCAGAUUCUGGCCAAAGAUGGUCACCAAGUGAUCUCAAGUGGAAGCCUUCCCAUGAAGGAAUCAAGCUCCGUUCCAAAGCCUCUGACCGGAGACAAAAUCCUGGACUGGAUCAAUGACUACUUCCAUGCAAAGAAGGAUGCCAUCACUGUGGGAUUCACUGGUGUCGAGAUCCACGGGGUGAUCAGCUACUUGUGUGACCAAUUCCUGCAAGUCACCUGCAACACCCAGGAAGACCGCUGGGCGGCAGCAUCCAGAAUUGGAACGGGGUAUCGCAUCAGCCCUUGGAGUACGUUUCAAGGCAUGCGCAUGGAAGACUUGCACCCACAAUUCACGCAUCUCACCCGGGGCCUGCGUCGGCUGAACCUGGCAUACUUGCACGUCGUCGACCCACAAACCUCGGGCAGUACUACGGUUGAAGUGGCAGGUGAGGAUAAUACGUUUCUUUUCGAUGCAUUUGGCAACACAGGGCGGUAUCCUGGCAGGCGGCUGUCACGGGCUCGGAAUAGCAGAUACCAAUGA